AUGAGCGGCUCCGUGCCCCCCAACUUCCUCUUCGACUGGAAGAACAGCCUGGCCUCCGUGAAGAAUACCUUCAUUCACGUAGACGAUGGCGAGCUUGAGUGGUGGGAUCCCACGCGCCCACUCCGACGCACCACAAGCUGCCCAGGUCUCCUUCAGACCCCCAUCGAGGCCGAGGCCGAGAAAGAAACUUCAGAAGCUUCCAGGCUCCAACCUGUGCUUCCGAAAGCGGGCUUCCUCCCGUGGGAGGACUCUACGGAUGUGGGAGAAAGAUCGGCAUCAAAGGACACUAAAGACUCGACACGGAUGGAGGAGGCCUCGAUGUUUGAGCGGAACAUGCUGCUUCACCAGCUCGGCAACUGCAAGCCGUGCUCCUACUACUACUUCAAAGAUGAUGGUUGUCGAAACGGUGAUAGCUGUGAGUUCUGCCACUUCUGCUCUCCGGCAGCCGUCAAGGAAAACAAGCGGCAGCUUAAGCGUGAUGCACGCCGAGAGAGGAGGCAGGCGCACCUGGAAGCAGCGCGUGAGGCUGCCCAGGACAAGGCCCCCGACCUUCGGCGUGCGGGCAGCCGUGCAAGGACGGCUUCCUCCGCAAAUGUGCGGUCAUAA